AUGGAUGUCUCUGAGCUGAGCCAGACCUGCACACCAGCUCUGCCUUGCGUUUCAGAGGACAUUGGCACAUGUGCCAAAGCACCUCAGGUAGCAAGGGUCAAAGUUCAACUAGAGACGUAUAGCCUUUGGCAGCAGUUUGACCAGCUUGGUACUGAGAUGAUCGUCACAAAAGCUGGGAGGAGAAUGUUCCCCACGUUUCAAGUGCACAUCUCAGACAUGGACCCUACAGCAGAGUAUGUGCUCCUAAUGGACUUCAUUCCUGUAGAUGACAAGAGAUACAGGUACGCCUUCCACAGCUCUUCGUGGCUGGUGACAGGACGUGGUGAUGCAGCUGUCCCAGGAAGAGUCCACUUCCACCCAGAUUCUCCAGCACGUGGCUCCCAGUGGAUGAAGCAGACCGUCUCUUUUGACCGCCUCAAAUUGACCAACAACCUGCUCGACGAUAAUGGCCAUAUCAUCCUUAAUUCGAUGCACCGCUACCAGCCGCGGCUGCAUGUGGUCCUGGUGGACCCGCGGACGGAUGGGCAACUCUCCCCUCACCGCAACUUCUGUACCUUCUUCUUCCCAGAAACACGCUUCAUCGCUGUCACCGCCUACCAGAACCACAGGAUCACACAACUGAAGAUAGCCAGUAACCCUUUCGCUAAAGGGUUCCGGACCACAGACUCUGACACCUGGCCGGCUGGAGGUGCCAGAGCUCGGAUCACUCAAUCCCCCCUGCUAUUGCCCCCACGAGAAGGAAAAUCCAUGAGAGGAGCUAUCAGUCACCCCCAGAGGACAACAGCAGAACAGCAUGUCAACAGUGAGUCUGGUCUGCUCUCUACAGAGUACUCAGAUCAGCAUAGUCUGGCCACCCCGUCACCACACAGUGAGCUAGUCCUUCCAUUUACUGAGGAAGCAGCCAGUACCACUCAGAGGAUGCGAAGCGAUACAGAUUCUCUUGCCUAUUCAGCUUCAGUUGCUGUCCCCUUUCACUGCCAGUGGGAGAGUCCAGAGAAACAAGAGAGAGGCCGACUAGGUUAA